AUGAACAACAUCUAUCGGUCUUUGCAGACGACGGUGCAGGGUGCUGUCAAGCGCUUGGCAGCUGAUCUCUACAGUGGGGAGGUCCAUUUCAUGCUGGAGCUGUUGCAGAAUGCAGAUGACUGCGACUUCGCCGAGGGCUGCAAGCCUUCGCUCACUGUGACCUUCGAGUCUGACGUGAAGAAGUUUGGCCAAUACACCACUUUCGAGCCGAACGUGGAGCCCAUUGCUUUCCUAGUCAUCGAGCACAACGAAAAAGGUUUCCGUGAUUUCAACAUCCGCGCACUCUGCGACAUCGCCCAGUCUACGAAAACUGGCGACGAGCGGAAGUACAUCGGAGCCAAAGGUAUUGGCUUCAAGUCCGUCUUCUGCGCCACAUCUACUCCAAUCGUGCACUCGGGACCUUUCCAUUUCCACUUUGACUCAGAAGCUCUGGGCGGACUUGGAUAUCUGAUUCCGUUCCCACUGGGUCGUCCGAACGGCUUCCAUCUCGGAACGCGACUUGUGCUUCCUCUCUACGACCAGCCCACCACCGACCUGUGUCGACGAAUUGUGGAGGAUCUGAAGCCGGAGCUCUUGCUCUUCUUGCGGAAGCUGGAGGAGAUCAGAGUGGUGGACAGCCAAUCACAAGUGGAGCGAGUGAUACGCAAAGAGUCUGCCAGCGAUGGGACCAACGACAAUGUGAAGCUUUUGGCUCAGACCCUGGGCGUGGCGCCCGAGGAGAAGACGUCAACGUCAACACAAGAAUGGCAUGUCCACAGAAAGCCCGUGAGCUUGCCAAAGGCACUGGCACGCGACGGGCAAAGGGCAACUGACUUGCAGAUUGCUUUCUGCCAGACCACUGAGAACGUCAUGGAACAGCGCCCGGCCUUUGCUUGGCUGCCCUUGCGCUCCUAUGGGUUUCGGUUCAUCUUGCAAGCAGACUGGGCCGUGCCAUCCUCGCGGGAAGCCAUCCUCGCAGAAAACCAGCUGAACCAAUGCUUGAGGCGUGAGCUCCCCAACGUCUUCUGCAACUUGAUUGAGGUUCUUGCUUCCAAUGCCCUGAAGCUGCCGGACAUCACUCAGCAGCUGAUCGCAUUCAAGCGCAUCUAUGCACUGAUUCCCCUUCCCGGCGAGACUGCAGAUUUCUUUGCGGAGUCCCCCCGGAGCGUUGUGCAUGUUCUUUCGAAACGGAACUUCGUGCUGGCGUUUGACAAGGGCAGCUACCAGUUGGUUUCGCCCACGGAGGUUGUUCGCCCGGAGCUUCCAAAGGGCGUUGAUACGCACUUGAGCGCGGAGGUCAAGAAAGAGCUGGAGGGAGUGCUGAACCGGGGCAGACGUUACAUCCCGGCCGAAGCCUUGAGUGGCCAGCUUGCUGCAGCUCUUCACAUACCAGACCUCAAUGACGGCAUCGCUUUCGAGUGCCUAAGCCGACUCUCCCGGGAGGACAAGGACAAACCUGCGAGGACAAGGUCUGAUGCCGACCUCGGCUUGAUCCACCUGCUGUUCCAUGUCGUGGCAUCGAACACUGCCCAGCCGGCGCUGAUGCAAAAUCUCCGCAAGCUGGCAGCCAUCCCGACAGAGAGUGGCAAGUUGCAUUCAGCAGCAGACAAAGUGUACAUGGUGGACGAAGCCAUGGCGAAGACUCUGCAGGGCUACGCUGAGGGGCUGAACCUACGAUUUCGGCGCAUGAUGCAUGCGAAAGUGGAGGGCUUGUUCAAGCAGCUGGGCGUUUUGCAAACAGAUGGUCCCCGCUUCCUCAAGGACAUCCUGCUGCCUAUGCUCACAGCUGAAACCCCCGCCGACGUCACACAGCUUCUCGCUGCUACUCAGAGAGUACGAGCCAUUCUGGCAAGCAUGAAAGCAGAGCAGAGGAAGAGUGUCAUUCCUGCUCUCGCUGAGAAGAUGUGGGUCGCUGUGGAUGUGUUUGACAGAAGCUCGAGGCAGCUCCGAACCCUUAUGCAGCCGGUUCGAGUUUCUCAAGAAGCUGUGCACAUACACCACUUGCCCGUCUCAAUCCUAGCACAAUGGGUCGGGCCGCAGUGGUUCACACCAAGCAAGUUUUACAAUGCCUCUGCCGAGGACCAGUCCAGCUUUACAUGGCCACAGUUUUGGCAAGAGCUUGGCUGUUGCCCUACGAUCCACGUGGAGACGACAGGAGAAAGCAAAGACUUUCGCAACAUCUUACAGACUUUGGAGCGGAUUUCGUCAACGCCUUCUCUUGGUGGAGCUUUCGCACAGAAAGCAGCCUCAGAGCUGGUGGAGUGGAUGACCCCGCAUGGCUUCUACUACAAGCGCUUUCUGGAUGGAGUUGCCAGUGCAGGCUCGCCUGCAUCAAUGUCAAUGUCCGACAUGCUUCGCAGCUCACCCUGGCUGCCUUCUUGGCCUGGGGAUCGUCUUCUAACCUUCGGCAAUGGUUGGGUCCCCGUUCCGGGACAAAGCGAAGUCACCGCGCGGCAGUCUAAGUUUCUGGCCAGCAGUGCCUUUCACAGCAUCGUCCACCAAUUCGCUGAGAAAUGGCCGUUCCUACACCUGGCACAAUGGCCCACUGCCAGAAUCAUCGUGCGCACGCUGAAGUACCAAUCGAGCUUGCCAGAACCAGUUUGGAGCUCCGGGGAGAUGGCUUAUGUAUACAAGUCUCUCGGCUGGGCGCUCAACCACGAGCGCAUCUCGCGCACAAACUGGGGUGCUGAGCCGACACCGGAAGCAUGUGAAGUUCGUGAGCACCUCCUUCAAGAGCCAUGGAUCUUCCUGCCCACACGUAGACGGGGCAACUACAAAGUCCAUGAUGAAGAGGCUGGCAAAUUCUACCCAUCGAGCUCUGUAGCGCUGUAUGAUGCAUCGCAGCUUUUCUCCGACAGAAGACAAUGCAACAGCAGUGGUUACGAGUAUGUCUCGGACGAGAUGGUUCGGACCGUCUCUCAGAAGGUGUUCAUGAGAACAGCGAAGGAGCACUACUCGGACAAGGUCGUCCAAGCUUUGUUCAAGGAAUGGGGUGUCGCACCUGAAAUGGGAUGGGAUGCCUACCUCGAUGUGCUGCGGAUGGUCGACGAGCUUGUGAAUUCCGAAAGCCCUGAUCAUGUAUGGGAGCACGAUCAUGCUUUGCACGAGAUCGUGUGGCGGAUUGUCAGAUUGCUGGGCAAGCUUCCGGUUGAAGAGGAUGCUGAAGAUGGCAAAGAUCGAGGAGACAAGCUUGAUGACAACGAGGCAGCUCAAGCAGAUGAGGACGCGGAUUUUGACCGGGCUGGCGACUUCCGGCAGCUCGUGGAGGAAGCCAAGAAUCUCCGAAUCGUUUGGACGUCUUCGCGGCGCUUUCGGAAGCCCUGUGAGGUUCUGUUUGUCGCGGACGCGAAAUCUUGGCUAGACGAGGCCAAGCACUUUGCGACCUAUGCGAAGAACAACAAAGACAUCAUGAACGGCUGGUUCUUCCUGGGCCUUCGAAGAUGGGAACCCUGGAGCACCUGCCAAAGCAUUCUACCCCAGCUGAAGCCACCAGACAUUCACGAGGCCAGAUUUGCGCGAGCCAUUUACCUGGGUGGCGUCAGAAGUGCGCUGAUGAAAUUUGAAGCGCAGAACAAGAACCUCACAGAGGAGGCCAGGGAUGUGAUCCGGAAGGCAUGGUACCUGGCAAUCUCAAUCAAGUUCUUCGUUUGCAGCGGCCAUUCGAAGGAGGAGGCGCUUCAGGCCCAGCAGGUGAUUGCUGUACCUCGGUGUCGAGCACAAUCAAUUGGCAACGUGGUUGCCACAGCCACCGACAACAUUGCCAGUACGACAUUGGUGACGAUGCGAGAGGAUAUUGCCGUGGCACGCGUUGAGAAGCCGAUCUUCAAGACACACAUGGCAGGCUUCAUACUGUCGGAGCAACGACGACAGCUUGCAAUCGCCCUGCACGUACCACCAAAAGCCUACGCAGCCGAUGUGUUGCAAAAGCAUCCUGAAUUCGCCGAGAUGCUCUUCGCCGAGUUGCCCCAUGUUUGUGAUGUCAGCUGCAUUCCGGAAGAAGCAUAUACUGGUCUGCAAAAGGAGGCAGUCAAGACUUUGCAGAAUGUUUCCUGGGAUAUGUGGAGCCAGGGGACCCGCGGCAAGAAUGUACCGCAGACAGGUGACAUCAUCAAGGCGGUGGAGGACUCCUUGAAGAGGCAAGCCGAAAAAUGCCGGCUCUCGCGAACGCAACAGCGCACAUGGGGAUUGCAAGCAGCAUUGGAGAUCGAUCCCGAAGAGGCGUGGCGACGACUGCUGGAGGAGGAAGACUUGUUUCAGACUGAGGAAGCAGAGGAGGAGGAAAGCCUUGCUUCCGGCGCCGGGGCCGGCCAGGGCGCCGGAGAGCAUCGCGAGGGCACAGCCGUGGCAGGCUCGGGCCCUGCGCCCCCGUGUGACGAGCGUCCCCGGGAUGACGAUGCUCUCAGUGCCAUCAGUGAGGAGGGCUCGGAUGCAAAUGAGGACCCACUGCGAAAGUUCGUGAACAGACAACUGGAGAGGGAAGAAGAACGACAGCGGCCGGCAGUGCGACCCGUCUCGGAGAAAGAGGAAGAAGGACAGCGGCCAAUCGGCCGACCCACCGCGGAAUUCCCUUCGUCGACGCCGCACGGUCCGCCCGUUCAGGGUGGACAAGGUGGCUCUGGUUCUUGGGCUGGGCAGAAUCCACAGCCCGUCCCGGGGGAAGAGCGAGGUCCGACGGACCCUUGCGUCGGAGGCAUCGGUCAGGGAGGCCAUGCCGAGAAUGCGCAGGGAACUGGCUGGGGCUCUGGUCAGGUUCCUCCCAAGCAGGGCGGCGGGCACCAAGGCACUGGUCAACAAGGCCAAUCUCGAAGUGGGUGGAGCGCAAGCGUAGCCGGCGAAGAGGAGGCCCCUGAGGGUGGUCAGGAAGAGAGUGCAGAGCGGCAGCAAGGCGGCUCCUCAGGCGGUUCGCAUGGCGCGAGCCAUUCGGGCUCCGGCUCAGGACGUGGAGGACAACAGACAGGCAGAGCAGAUGGAGACGGAUGGGGCCCGGGUCAGCCAGGGGGAGCCGAAGCGGCCGCUGCGACCGCCAACGCCAACGCUGCCGGUGGAACCGGAGGAGCCUGGACAAGUGGAGGAGCCGGAGCUGGAGGACAAGGCAGAGGUGCCGGACCUGGAUCCGGUCAGCCCGGUGGCGCCGGGGUCGCAGGCAGAAGCCAAGCCGGCCAAAAUGGCCAGGCCGGUCAGAAAGGUGCUGGUGGAGCGAACUUUUUCCGGCCUCUUGCGCCGAAGCGCAGCCUGAGCGCUCCUGCCGCACUGCGGAGGUCUCCGGUUGAGUCGACACGGCCCCGGGAUAUGCGCACGGAGGACGAGGUCACGUGGAAGGUGCGGGCGAGUAUGGCCAGGUCCUUGAUGGAGACCUUCCCGAGCAAUCUCACUGGGCCGCAUGAGGUGGUUGAAGUCUUGUGGCGCAUUUUCUACGAGAAUGGUGGUCCUCAGGCGCUGUAUGGAAGCAGCAGCGGCCAGAACGAGCGCACAAGCUGGGAGUAUUUUGUUCCAGUGGACCAACUUUUCUACUCGCAUGGGACGAUCAGCUCAGUGUUCUCUCACGGCGAGAAGCGCGGCUUCAACAUUCGGAGCUUGGCGAUUGAUUUGGACCGCGGGCGAGUCGACAUGGAGCAAGACGAGAGGCUGCGCUUGGAGGUGGUGCAGUAUGAAAAUCGGCUGUACUCCCUUUGCAACAGGAGGUUGUUUGCCUUCAAGGUCUACCAGGCGAUGAUGCGUCAGCGCCAGGGCGACUGGGUGCAAGUGCGAGCCUGGGUGCGACAUCGCACGUUAGACCCCAUUACAGCGAAGUUCGUGUUGGCCUUCACGACGACUUGUCGGGGCGAACGAGUCGAGCUACGUCACACUGCGCAAGCAGCACCACGGGGCCCCGUGCGCUGA